CUGAGGUCACUUGACAGGUUUUGCUUUUUGCUUUUGCACCGGAGAACUUUUCAGACAUUCAUACAUACUUUUUGUGCCGGAAAACCUUUGAUCUGGACUAGUAUGUACUUUUUAUCACUGAAAGUGUAACUUAAAUUAUCCCACCUAACCGAGGAAUUAAGAAUUAGAUAGUUAUUGAUUAGAAGAAAAUCGUAGGAAGAAGCUCUGAAGAUGGACUCAAAUGCUGUUGCUCUUUUGACAAGUGGAAGUCGCGAGGAUGUUCGUCUCGUUCUCACCGAAUUUUUCCAAAAGAAUUCGCACCGAUUUACUUUUGAUGAUAUUGGCAGUGUCGAAAAAAGGAGAAGCAUUUGGAACCUAAUAAUAAAAUAUUUGAGAGACUCGCAGGACUCCAGCUUUUCGCAAGGUUGCCUGAACAGCUUGUUAAUCUUGAGUCGGGAUAAGGAUGGUCUUGGUGACUUCAUUGAAGAGGACUGCAUCGACUUGCUUCUUAACUUGGCUGGACUGGGCGAAAGUGCAGCUAAAUCCGACUCUAGUUAUGAUGUGGCCCUAGCCGCUCUGAAAUGCCUGAGCAAUCUCACUUUCAACAGUCCAGUGGUGCAGGUUUACAUGUCAAAAGGCCAUUGCAUAGGCAGCAUUUUGAAGAGACUGAAAAACAUCAAGGACCCUAAUAUUCCUUACUUUGUCAAAUUGUUUGACCUGAAAUUGAUUUUUCUCAUCACUGCCAAAUGCCCAGAAAUAAUAAAUCGAGUUAGAGACGAGGAGCAAGGAGUUGAAAUCCUGACCAAUUGUUUAAUAGAUGUCAUAGGAGCUUCUUCCAGUACAACAAAAUUUCUGACUGUGGAGCAAACUGACUUGUCAAGUGAAAUUUUAAAAGCACUUUUCAACAUCCUGGUACAAAAUCAAGAUGCAAAUAUUGAAAGCCAGCUCGUAAGGCUGGUGGAAAUUCUUCGUGAGCUUCUCUUGCUAGGGGCACCCGAUGAGAAAAAAUUAGACGAUGUGCGGAGUCACUCCGUUAAUCUGCUUAUGGCCAUUCCUCCUGCAUUGUACGAAAAUCUGAUGCCCACAAUCAAUGGCUUGGAGGACAAACCUCAGUUCGAAGGCAAAAAUAUGGAAGUCCUCAUCGUUUUAUCAGACUUUUUGUACAGACGUCUUGUGGUCAGCAGAACGUUUUUACAGGACGUUGCCCUCUCGGCCGAGGGAGUAAAAAAUCUGAUGGAGAAUGUGUCUCCGAUCUUGACAUUUCUCAGCCAGGGAUGUCUCAUCCAGAGACCCAUGAGGAAAUUUCUGAGGAACAAAAUUCUGCCACCCCUGACUGAUGAAGUCAUGCAGCGACCAGAAACUGGCGACACUAGCAGGAAUUUGCUAUGUGCUCUUCUUACAACGCCAAUCACACAAGUUCGGGAUUUGGCUGCUGAUUUCCUAUUUGUGCUUUGCAAAGAAAAAGUGGCGAGAUUUGUCAAGUACGUCGGGUACGGAAAUGCAGCCGGCUUGUUGGCCAACAGAGGCCUGAUGCUGGGAGGCCGUGGAAGGAGCGGCUGCUACUCCUCCGACAGUGAAGAUAGCGACACCGACGAGUACAAACUGAUCAAAGACCAAAUUAACCCUAUAGUUGGCUGUUUCGAAGAGCCGAGACCAGAUCCGAUGGAAAAUAUGUCGGAUGAGCAAAAGGAAUAUGAAGCUGUGAAACUGGUUGAGAAAAUUGACCAAUUGACAAGGAGUGGAAUCAUCCAGCCGUGCAGAGUAGGACCUGAUGGAAGACCUGUGCCUGUAGAGCAUGUAUUGCAACUGCAGGAGGAGCUUGAAAGGUUGCACGCUCCACUAAGGAAUGAUGACAGUGAAGACUCUGAUUGAUCAAAGCCCGGUGGUGUUCACUCGGUACUUUUUAAAUGGCUAAGUAAAUUUCUACUGGAUUUCUUAUUUAACGAAACUAUACUUUCUGAGACGAUUUGUGUAAAACCUAUAUUUAAUAAGCUUAGAUAAGCUCAUGAGUUAUUAAUGUACGUUCUUUUUUACUGCUAGUCAUGCAUUUUAAUAUUGUGCUCAUUAUUUUAAAUGAUCGAAUAAAUUGCUGGAGGUAUGAAUUUGCACUUUUGUGAGACAAAGUGUUUUCAUAAUUUUAGUGAACUAUUCCAUUAUUAAUUGAAAACUAAUAAAAGAACUUAUGAAUUUAUAAU